AACGUUGAUGGUUUAUCUGGGGAAAAUCUGAAGGGCACACCAUUUCGCGUGCGAAAAGCCACAGUGAACCAACAUGAGAAGUCUAAACAAUACUCAAAUACUAAUGUAAAAGCGAUAUGCGAAAAUGAAUGAUUUGCUCUAUUGAUGGCACCAAUAACAACAAAAAAGACACGAGCAAGUGUGGCAUGUGAACUAUGCCGAGAGAGCAAGCUUAAAUGUCUCAACGAGAACUCUACUUUACCUUGCAAUCGAUGCAAUAGAUUAGGAUUGGAAUGUAGAUACCUAUUACGUGAUUCACAGCAAAAAAGGAAAGGAAUUGCACAAAGAUAUAGCAAAUAUCAAAAUAAUGAUAAACGUCAACAUCUGGAUACCACCGUUGCCAUCUCUCCAACCAAUACAGCUACUAAAGAAACCCGACCAAAACCUUUGAAAACCAAACCACCUAAACAUGGCCACCCAGCUGAAGGUGCAACUGUUGUCCUUCCUCCUAAAAAAAUAAUUCUUGAAAUUGCCACAAUAUUUUUUGCAAAUCAAUACCAAGGUAUUUUUCCCUUCCUUCAUAAGCCUUCGUUUCUUGCAUUUCUUAGAUCUGAAGAAUUUGAUCCACGAACAUACAUUUCAAAGGACUAUUGUGCUAAAUAUUUCAGGGCAAGUUAUGUGCUGUCUUUAAAAUAUCCAGAUCCACUUCUUCUAUUGGCAGUCUUGGCAUUAUGCUCACGAUUACAUCCUGAGAUUGCAAGAAUGUAUGGAACAUUUUCAGAGGAUGACGAUCCCGAUGAAUAUAUACCAAAUUUUUCAUCUAACGGUGGCAAUGUAGGCGAUGGAGUAUCAUCUCUUGCGGCAUCGCGAUAUUUUGGAUGGCAUGCAAGAAAUCAUUUAAAACAGGUAUUCGAUAGCCCAACAAUUCAAAGAGUGCAAGCAUUGACACUAUUGAGUAGUCAUGAAUGGGGUGAAGGAAAUGAAUCACGAAGUUAUAUGUAUGUUGGAAUUGCUGCUAGGAUGGCCCUAGUAUUGGGCCUUGGGAAUGAAGCCAGUUUUCAAGAGGAGGAUGAUAAAGAAGAACAGAGCUAUCACACAGAUGAAAUAUCCCAAUUCCUUUGCAUUGAGAGCAAACGCAGAACAAUGUGGUCCGUGUACAUGAUGGAUCGAUGCAAUGGAAGUGGUAGAAAUAGAUCUCUGUGCAUAAAAAUUGAAGAUGUUCCCAUACGGCUACCCUGCCAAGAGCUAGAUUUUUUCUUUGGCCGAGCUGGUGUGCUGACUGGGGAUGCAAGUCCAUCCCUUACUUUCAACGAGGCAAUGUCUCAGCUUUCAGGCAAUCUCGAAAAAAGUAAUGGUAAUGCCAUCCAUAAUACAUCAGGAGAGAUCAGCAGAAGAUUAGUAUCUACAGUUGCACAAACAUCACCAUUUGGAUUUCUUGUUAUUUUAUUUGAGAUCUGGAAAAAAAUUGCACGGUGGGUGGGUGAAGUUGGUGGACGAUUGGAUAAACUUCCUCCUUGGGAUGAAAGCUCAUCUUUUUUCCGCUUCUCUUUGGAACUUGACCACUUUGAAAAAGGACUUCCUAGUAGACUUGUAUUCUCCACCUUCAACAUGGAUGCACAUAUUGCUGAAGGAACUGGUGGGCUUUAUGGAUACUUGCAUAGUCUUUUCUUCUUGUGUCGCAUAUUUUUGAAUAGAGAGUACUUCUAUUGCAGUCCUCAAUUGUUACCAAAAGCUUGGUGGGGAAAUGCAACUCUUUCCCUUCUACAACUGAUUGAUAAAAUGCAUCUUUUGUUCACAACUUUAACUACGGUAAAUCUGAUGGUCGUGGCCCCAUUUACUGGGUUUGAGGCGUUCACAAUGUCCACCACCUGUAUGUACAUUGAUGCAUUUCCAGUAGAUGUACUAAAGCUGUACUUCCCUCUGGAACUUUUACCAGAACAACAAGAUGGCGACCAACAAGAUAUCAAUGCCGCGGUUGAUUUUAUAAAAACAAAAUACCAGCAAAUGGGCAUUAGUUCAUUACAACUCCUUGGAGAGUGGAAAAAAGCCUGGAAGUUGGCUGGUUCUUGGUACGAAAUGACAUUAAAAUUUAGAGAUUCUCUUCAGAAUAGUACCAAGAGGCGCCAACCAUCAAUACAAGAUGAUGAAGUGCACCAUAAGUUACAUGACUACGGAAAUGGUAGCGUAAAAGAGGUUUACUUACCAACAAAUGCAACAUUUAAAAGACCAACUGACCAGAUGCACAUCCUGAAUUUAUUAUCUGCAGAGGUUACACCAGAAGCAGAGAAAUUUACAGGUGAAAAUGGGAAUGCGGAAAAUACUUCAGAUACACCUAUUCUAGACUUCAUUGAUAACUUGGAUUUUGCAAGCAUAAUACCUGGAUGGUAUGACGCAGUAAACAUGUGAAGGCUUAUUUAAUUUUAUUUAUAGAUAUAAAAAAUUUACCAAAAAUACAUUUAUGGU